UCGGAAAAGAUGUAUAGCGAGUCGACGACAAACGGUGGUCUCUGUAGCGGUGGUGCCGGCGAUGGAGAUGAUCUCCACUCGCGGGCCAUAUUACGUGCAAUAGUGGGCUAUUUGGGUACCAUUGAGACACCGGUGGACAGUCAUAUCGACGCCAAUCUCAUCAAAGACUGCAUCCGACGUAUAAGAGUGGAGAACAAACACCAAACGACCACUUUGUUAGCCAUAUAUCAGGAGAGCAUUCAAUUGGUGAACAUCAGGGGCCGUACGAUCGCACAGUUCGCCGCCGAUAGUCUCAAGUCGUGCGGCAUUUGCGCCGACGACCAAAAGUACUUUGCAAUCAUCACUAGUGCGGCCAUUACUGGCGCCGCUGACACCACCGCCUCCUCAGCGGAAAAUAGUAAUAGUAGUCAUUCGUGUCAUGUGUUCACUACCAGCGCGACCACACAUCAGACCCAUUAUAAGACGGCACAAGAUUUUGGUAUUAAAUGCACAUCAGAUCCCGUGACCACUCAUUGUCUGGAGUUUCCGGAAACAUCUGAUUCAAUACUACGAGUGAUUGUUGGCCUCUAUCGGCAUUCAGUCGGGUGCGCACCUCCUANCGCGGCCGCCGCUGUCGCCGAUCCCAUUGGCGAUCAUAACAGUGGCAGUAAUAGCGACAGCGGUAUCACUGAGAAUAGCCGAUCGCCGGACGCUAACCAUACGGGCGGACGUAAUCAGUCCUAUAAUACCGAGCGAUUGGAGGCUCAGCUAAACGCCGCUAACGUUCGGCAAACUGUUCACAAAUACUUGAAAUUAAAUCACGAUUUAAAGCAAUUGUCAGCCUUUAACAAAGGCGGCCCACAAACCGAUGCAGAGACCGUCGAGAGCAACGAUUUACACAAAAUUAAUUGCAAUAAUAUGUUAGAGUCGGAGAAACGCACAGCAAAUACCGACAGGUUUACCGAAUUUGGUCCGAAUUUGCGGCCAAAUGCCGUGCCAUCCACUGGAAACAUACGCUGUGACCCUAAGAGAGCUGUCAUUAUGCCCGCGACCCUAUCCAAAGAGAACCUGGAGCUCAACAAUGAGAUCACUUCGGGCUAUGAUUUGGAUACAAAAUCGUCGAUGAGCUUAGAGGGUAUGCCACCGAUGAGCGACACUGUGUCCGCCGCCAGCGCUAGUGUUGUGUCCGAACGGCCCAUAGACGUGGAGAGCAUUCAAUUGGUGAACAUCAGGGGCCGUACGAUCGCACAGUUCGCCGCCGAUAGUCUCAAGUCGUGCGGCAUUUGCGCCGACGACCAAAAGUACUUUGCAAUCAUCACUAGUGCGGCCAUUACUGGUGCCGCUGACACCACCGCCUCCUCAGCGGAAAAUAGUAAUAGUAGUCAUUCGUGUCAUGUGUUCACUACCAGCGCGACCACACAUCAGACCCAUUAUAAGACGGCACAAGAUUUUUGUAUCAAAUGCACAUCAGAUCCCGUGACCACUCAUUGUCUGGAGUUUCCGGAAACAUCUGAUUCAAUACUACGAGUGAUUGUUGGCCUCUAUCGGCAUUCAGUCGGGUGCGCGCCGUCGGCAAUGGCGACCGUUCCCGCGGCCGCCGCUGUCGCCGAUCCCAUUGGCGAUCAUAACAGUGGCAGUAAUAGCGACAGCGGUAUCACUGAGAAUAGCCGAUCGCCGGACGCUAACCAUACGGGCGGACGUAAUCAGUCCUAUAAUACCGAGCGAUUGGAGGCUCAGCUAAACGCCGCUAACGUUCGGCAAACUGUUCACAAAUACUUGAAAUUAAAUCACGAUUUAAAGCAAUUGUCAGCCUUUAACAAAGGCGGCCCACAAACCGAUGGAGAGACCGUCGAGAGCAACGAUUUACACAAAAUAAAUUGCAAUAAUAUGUUAGAGUCGGAGAAACGCACAGCAAAUACCGAUAGGUUUACCGAAUUUGGUCCCAAUUUGCGGCCAAAUGCCGUGCCGUCCAUUGGAAACAUACGCUGUGACCCUAAGAGAGCUGUCAUUAUGCCCGCGACCCUAUCCAAAGAGAACCUGGAGCUCAACAAUGAGAUCACUUCGGGCUAUGAUUUGGAUACAAAAUCGUCGAUGAGCUUAGAGGGUAUGCCACCGAUGAGCGACACUGUGUCCGCCGCCAGCGCUAGUGUUGUGUCCGAACGGCCCAUAGACGUGGGUUGGGUCGGCGGUUGGGCCCAAGACUUUGAGAAACUAUUGUCCGACAGCGUUGGACUUAAAGCAUUUGCCGAGUUCCUGAAAAAAGAGUUUAGUCAUGAAAACCUCCAGUUCUGGAUGUCCUGCGAAAAGUACAAACUUAUAACCGAUCCCUCAGAGGUAGGCCACAGUCCCCGCCUCCCACUCAAUAGAGCUGUUGUGAUGAAAGCCGAGGCCAAAGUGCUAUACGAUCAGCACUUGUGUAACGGCGCUCCCGAACCGGUCAACAUUGACGGACGGGUAAGACUGUUGGUGGAGACGGCACUCGACGAGCCGACACCCGCUCUGUUCACACCCGCGGAGAAACAGAUCUAUAAUCUGAUGAAAUUUGAUUGCUAUCAACGGUUCCUGAAGUCAGACAUCUAUAAGGAAUGUGUGGCACUUGAACUGCAGGGCAAACCUUUGCCCUACGAAUCCAUGGACAGCGACCCUAUGGGUGACGAGAAUCGUUUCAAAGACACACAACUCAAUACAAUUAAACCGAAAAAGCGAUCAUUUAUUCCGUGGCAUCGGAUUAAGUCGUCGAAAGCGGAGAAACAGGCGCUGAAACGGCUGAACGCCAAACAGACGUACGUUCGGUGCAAGUCGGCCGCCGGUGAUCAUCAAAGCACCGCCAGCGCCAGCAGUGCCAACAGAUCAGACUUUACCGGCAGUCAGUCAUCGUUGGCGACCAGCGCUGGCGAACAGAGCGCCACCGGACGACUCAAAUCCAUGUUUUCGUUGUCCAAAUCGCGGGAAUCGUUGAACACGACGAUUACAGCGGCCAAUACGGCCGCCACUAUAGCCAACACACCGACAUCGGGUGGCCAUCACUGCCAGAACGAUAACUGUCACCUGUUGUGCGUAUUACUGCCCGAUCGCUCCCAAACGGUUGUACCGCUGGUCGACGGCCAGACUGUCGGCCAAAUGAUUGAGCAUUUGCUACAAAAGCGUGGAUUGAAUUACUCGGCGUUCGAUGCGUUUGUCACCGGAUCUGAAAAAGCAUUGGAUCCGAGCGUUAAUGUCUCGACUCUGGGCUGCAAUGAGUUACGCGUCGAACAGCGAGUGCUCUUUCAAAUUGAUUUCCCGAAUCGUGAGAUCAUUGGCAUCAAAGCGCGCACAUCCAAGACCUGCGGCGAUGUCUUCGGACCACUUCUGGCCAAAUACGGGUAUAAGUUGGAGCACAUAGUCCUGCAAAUUGCCAACUCAUCGGAAGUGGUGACCAACGACUUGCCGAUCGCACGGCUCGAUAACCAGCGAAUUAUAGUCAGUAUUAGCGACGAUCUGGAAGAGUGGGGCUGGGAUUGUACGUCCAGUCGUAUGCCUGUGGCCGUUGACAAGUCUCGAACGACCGCCCAAUCAGUGACCACCGCCGCCACCGACGACGAGAAACCCAUUCGCAUAAUAAACGACUCAUCCUUUGACUCACAAACAGCGGAUCGUCUUAAGGAUAGUCCGGAAAGAAACAACAGUUCCUCCGAGAAAGAGAAUCGACUACCAGUGCCGCCGACGCCGUCCGUCGAGAGUCAGUCGCUGGCCGUAAAGGAAGUGCUGGCCGACAGUCGCCUCAUGAAAGACUGCCAAAACAUCAGUUUCAGCGACGACACCAAAUCGGAACAAUUCUUUCGGGACCUACUGCUGGCCUCACAGCAUAUGCCCACACAAUCGCCCAUCAAUUCACUGAAAACCAGUGCCAAACCACUGCACGGGUCCGCACCGACGGCCACACCGGCCCUCAAACCCGUCAUUAGACGUGCAAUCAAUAGUCAAUACUAUUCUAACAAUAAUAAUAAUGCUAUGAAUAUUAAUAGCGUUUCAAAGGAUAUGGAUUUGAGUUUAACGACAUGUGAAUUGUCGCCAAUAGAGGUGUCGCGGGCACUGCCACCCAUCCAUCCCACUUACCGGCCCCCACAACACACCCCACAACACACCCCACAACAGCCCGCAAUCCUUAACGAUAUCGAUUUGGACGCCACACUCAAGAGUAUACAGAUGUAUAACAUGCGAAAUACGGACAAAACGCUUAGUCCGUCGGCCAUACCGUACCCGCACAACCACACACUGACCGUAGACGCUCUGCUCGACGUGUCGGCGCCCGACUUCACGCCCCCACCGCCCGUCCGAACGAUGCCAUUGAAUAAUAGACACUACAAACACCCGGACCUGUCGCCCAACGCACCCCCUCUGCCGCCUAAACCCUUUGGCCACAGCCGUGGAGACCGCGGACCACCGCCCCGACCGCCCAACGCUCGGCAUAUGAGUGCCAAUCAAAUGAAUGCAAACAACUCUUAUGUUCGAAUGAACACUCGCCUGUAG